AUGUACAGUGGAGCUUACCAGUUGAGUGAGCUUGAAAGGGAGAACCUUGUCGGGCCAAGGGCAACCAAUGACAGGGAGAGGUUCCCGCCAAACAACAUCCUGCUUAUGCUGGCAGGGGCGGGCCUACUAUGGAUGGGGUGGACUGGAUUCAACGGUGGAGAUCCUUACAUGGUGAGCACAGACGCAUCUCUGGCCGUCCUCAACACCCACGUGUGCACUGCCACUAGCUUGCUGACGUGGCUCGUGCUUGACAUUGUUUUCUUUGGGAAGCCCUCUGUGAUUGGUGCCACUCAGGGCAUGAUCACAGGCUUAGUUUGCAUAACCCCGGCUGCAGGUGUGGUGCAAGGUUGGGCAGCAAUGAUCAUGGGAGUAAUGUCCGGAAGCAUCCCAUGGUACACCAUGAUGGUCCUCCACAAGAAAAUCAGUAUCCUAAAGCAUGUGGAUGACACAAUGGCUGUGUUCCACACCCACGCCGUGGCCGGAAGCCUAGGGGGCAUUCCGAAGCUAUGUCGAAUCUUCUAUUUGGUAGGCGAUUGGCAACACUAUAUUGGCCUAGCCUAUGGAUUGCAGAGUGGCCAGGUUAAGGCAGGGUUUAAGCAAAUGGGAAUUCAAAUCCUUGGGAUAUUGUUUGUCAUUGUUGUGAAUGUGAUCACCACUAGCAUAAUUUGCUUGCUCUUGGGGCGCUUUAUCCCGCUGAGGCUCAACGAAGAUGAGUUGCAGAUCGGAGAUGAUGCAAUUCAUGGAGAGGAGGCUUAUGCAUUGUGGGGAGAUGGAGAGAAGUAUGAUGGUUCAAAGCAUAAUUCAGUUUAUGGCUUGGAAGAGUUUCCUCUAGCGCCGCCUAAAGCUGAGGCCUGA